AUGACCACUCGGCUGUCUUUUCAAGAUGUGGCCGAUGAGGUCUUUGAUUCUCCCCUCGCUGACCACCUCGAGUGUGGCAUCCCGGUGGGAACAUUCAUCCCCGACUCCGAACUUGCACCAUCUCGUGCAACUGGCAAAGUCAUCCUCCGUCACCGCCGCCUGGUGUUCUUCACCUUUGACGAGUUGGGUAAUCCUAAAUGGGAAGCCCGCGAGCUGAACUACAUGGGCGAGCCGAUGAGUGAGGUAUGCCCGGGAGUUGUCUUUACUACGCGGAACUGCCGUGGGAACCGCAAUACCGACCUGUUCUCCGAGUUCCGGGUGAUGAACUUGGAGGAGUUCGAGCGUGCUGCAUUCAAGUAUCUUGCCCAGAAGCACCAGCUGGACGAGGAAUGGAACUGGCCCACUUACGAUAUCAUGCGAGCUGAGCCUUACCGCCGCUCCCUGCGUCAAAUCCAACAGGAACGCUUGGAGCAAGGCAACUACACGGUACCGACCUUCAACCGCAAUGGCAUGGACGAUGUCCCACGCCGAGAGUCAUUCUUGAACCGUCUGGAAGGCAUCUUUCGGUGGGAGAUGGACAACAAAUACGUGAUCAAUACUCGAUGGAACCCCCAGAGUCUCGAGUACGCCCAAGAGCGCUUCCUGCUAGCUUCCCGAGCCGUGGACCUGCUCCAGAGACUUCUGCAUGAUACGCAGAUUGCUUGUACCUCGGAUUUGAGCAACGCCUCCUAUGUCCCCCAAGCUGCUCGACAGCACAACGAGGAAGCCCCAACUCCUGGCUCUCUUGUCUCGCCGUUCAAUAUUCCCAGGGAUCCCGUGUGGACUCCAGUCGGGGGUCAGCAAAUCGAAUCGACGACUACUCCUGGCUCUGCUAUCUCCCCAAACACUGUUCCGAAAGCCCCGUUCUCGACCCCAGUUAAGAUGAGCGACCCGCAACCCAUGUCGACUCCCACCCCCAACAGAACUCUGCGACGGGUGUCUGGAAUGGAUUGUGCGCCUGACGACUUUCUGCCACCGAGUGGACAGGGCGGCCAGGUACGUCAGCCCGAACCGGCCACGCCGACUCGUACCCAGCCCUUGAACUUCGAUGCGGGAGCGCAGGCAGGCGAAGUCCCAUGGUAUCCUCCACCUAGCCUCGAACCUCAGAUGCCUGUCGGUCUACCGUAUCCACAACUCAGCCCAGGAGCCCAGGGGGCUGCUAGUCCAUGGGAAGCUGGCCAGCCCAGCCCCGGAUAUUCCGAGGCCUCGACGAUCAUCCUGGGCCCUAUGCCCAUGCCCAUGCCCAACGGUACUAUUGACCCUCGUGUUCUUGACGACAACUCUGCCCCCGCGAAUAGGGCCCAUGUACAGCGUGUGGUCAUCCCGAUCGACGAAAACGAGCGAAUUUUCAUUGAUGUCUCUCGGGAGUUUGACUCGUCUCUCAACAAUAUGUAUCCGGGGCCGUUUAUCUACUGA